ACCUCAGCGCCUUGACUGCAUCACGCAACAAUGCUUGCCAUGGACCGCGGGGCUCUGGGGAACCCGCCGCCCCCGCCGGCGCCCCGCCGCUCCUUGGCGCGCUCCUCGCUCACGACGUACUCUUCUAUACAGAUCGGGCAGCACGGGUUCUCCUGCACGUGCUUCUCGAGCGCCGCCACGCCCACGGGCUCCGUGCUCUUCUCCAGCGUCCCGGCCGGCCCCUGCCGCCUGGGUCGUGGACAGGAGCCCGUUGCGAUACACGAUCUGCAGGACUCGCCGGAUCCCUAUGAUGUUGAUCGCCAGGAAGAGGGUGACGGCGAUGUUAAAAUGGCGUAGACCCGCACCGCGCUCAGCAGCUGGGGCGCAGCGUCCUGGCAGGGCGGCAGCCCCCGCUCCGCGUCGGCGGCGUCGCCCGACGCCCAGGCCAGACCCACGCAGUGCCACACGAAGAUGAAGAGCUCGAGCAGCAUCCUG